GGCAUCUGGUGUCAUGUCCAGUUAUGCCAUCAUGAAUGAGAACUGGCUCAUUGUUUCCUGGGUGAUGGUUCAGUCUGAAACUGAUGGUUCAGUCCUUGGAGCCGAUGUACCAGGGAAUGGCCAAGAGGUACAGCGAUGCUGGAGUGGAAAAGGCAGGCUUCCACUGGAUGGACAGGGAUUGCUGUGCUCCAUUUAAGAUCCCAGACUGCAUCCCAGGCGAACAUCUACACUGGGAUGCCUGGAAGACUACCCCUUCCAUUGUUGCUUGGGCCACCUCUGGACCGCUGGAGAACACCUGUGCCUCACGGUCACAUUUCAAUCAAAACAUUGUGGUGAAGCUGGACUUGUUCCAUUGCCUGAGGCGUUUUUCACGGGAGUGCACCUCUGAGCAUCACCCUCUGUUCAGCACUUUCUGCCAGCUCCUCUCUGCAGCCUUCUCUGUGGUGGAUCAGGAGGAUCUAAAGAGGCUCCAGGAUGCCUAUAGGUUCUGUGGUAUCCAUCCAGCCAAUCCAACCAAACAACAUAUACGGGAGCACUGCAGGACCAAAAUACCACAACCCACAGAGCUGCUGGACAGAGUGGAGAAAGUCCUUAAGCAUCUGCACCAGGCCAUGGACCCCAACAGUGUCCCACUCUUCAAGCCAUCCAUGCUGAAAACUUGGCGUAUACAGAGAGUGCACAUUCUCCGCGGUUGCCUCAGUGACCCUGAACUCUCUGAGGGCAUAAUGUACCGGUAUGGUGGAACUCUUCAGCUAAACCACAUACCCGGUGAAGGCGCCAAAGUCCCAAUCUGGAUCCCGGUCAGAGGUACGUCACAGCAGGAGGGGUACCACUUCCACCAGGCCCAGUGGAUCACUGGGACUCAUGUCUCCACUGAAUUGUUCCAGGCACAGGGCAUGACAGGGGUGGCACGGUGGAACUACCAACGGCUGGUGGACCUUAAGCAGCCAGGUGUCAUCCUCCCUGAUGUGUUUGACCCAGCUCUAAUUGCGGAGUUAAAUUUUGCCUCCAAGAGAGUGACUGGGCAGGAGAAGUACCCAGCAAUUCAUCUCUCUGACAGAGACACCGGCGAGAGGUUCGGCUUAGAGUACACAGAGCCAGGCUGCCGUCCAGUUCCUUUGGAUUGGGACAAACACCGAACCCAAAAGAGAGACGAACCAGCUGCUCUUGUGCCUCUGCCGCCUGUGCAGACAAGUGGUCCUGCCCAAGCCCAGACUCCAGAUGCAGCACCCGCCUCCAGCUGGACACUGAUUUCCGGCACAGCAUCCCCUAGACCGGCACCACCCAUCGGUCGUUCGCUCUCUGCUGGUGCACUGCUAAAGCAGGAGAUGACGUCAGAAGACGACCAGGUACCUCCAGUGGCGAUGGAAAUCUCACAUGCCAUGCCCCUCCCACUGAGGUCCUCGCCGAGAACCCAUAAAGACGGGUGGACGGAAGCUAUCGACAGCUUGCUGCAGAAGUACCAUGGGGAAAAGGACAUUAUGAAGCUUGUGGAUCGAGACUAUGCUCAAAUGGUCCAUGAGUCUGCCACAGAUCCCAAUAGCUUGAUGCACCCCACAACCAAGCUGCACAUAUCCCGCUAUGUGAAGCACUUGGCAAAACUCCUCAACACCAGCUCUUCUUUGAACACAAGCCAGGAAAAACUUCUGGAGACUCAGCAGCUGUGGCACUCUUUAACAAAGGGGAGUGAGACGGCUAGUGUUCCUGUGGUCACCAUGGAGCCGGCUAUUGUGAACCCACCUGCACCUGCCCUGUCCACACCUCUGAUACAAGACUCCAUUGAGAAGAUUGUAGAGGUCAUCUUGGAGAGGCAAAAGCAACAGCAACAGCAGCAGCCAGAGCAAAAGAAAAGGCAGACAAAGAAGUGUCUAGCUUGUGGACAGCCCAAGUCUCGAUAUGAGACUGAUGGAUCCUCUAUCCACUUUUUCCACCAGCAAGGGCCUGUGCGCUACUUCUAUUGUUCAAAGAAGGUGCAUCAAAGUUAUGCUGCUGAGGGACUCUCUAACCCCAAAAUGCCUUUUGGAGAAUUUGCACAGACAGAAUUCUUUCAGAGGGAGCUGGAGGCCACCAAGAAACGGGUAGAGGAGAAGACUGAGAAAAAGAGGAAAAGGUCAGACUCCCAGCAAACAGGCCGCCGGUGCAGAUUCUGCCACAUGGACCUGAAACAGGGGCCGAACAGCCCACACAUCCAUACGGGCUUCCCUGGUGUGGCAGGGAAAUACAUCUACUGCCCAUCUAAAGUGUAUUCUCUAUACAGAGAUAAAGGCAUGGCCAAGGAGAUGAACUGGAAUGAAUUUCAGCAGUCUUCUUACUAUGAGACAGAGAGGCAGAGAUGGGUGGAUGAAAGGAAAAAAUAA